UAAAUAGAAUGCAUAUGGUGUGCUAGCCAAAGUCUUAAAAAUUAAAAAAAAAAAAUGUAAACUGUCAUUGUCAAUUGUCAAAUGUGUCAAAUAAAUCAAAAUAGAAUUGCCUCCCUUAUAGGUAGAAUCAAAUGUAAUAGAGAAAAAUAAUUCAAACUUUAAAAUAGGCAAAUUAGCAUUUUGCAAAUUUACCAGUAUUUAGCAAUGAAGACCAAUUUAUGAAUUCUGCUUUACUGCCAUUUGGAUGUGAUAUUGGUCUCUUUUGAGUUACACUAUAAAUGGUCUGAUUGAGUGGAUCGCUGAUUGGCGCGUGUAUCGUGUGGGGCAGGCGCGCAUCCAGAGCGGCGGCGACAUGCGCGGACGCAGCGCGGGCGGCGCGAGCGGCGCGGCCGGCGGCGGCGCGCGGUGACCGGCGCGGCCGCCAUGGACGGCGAGGCGGCGCCCGCGCACGGCCAGCCCGACGCCGUGCUGCUGGCGCCGCUCACCGAGGACACCUUCCUGCACAACCUGCACGUGCGCUACAAGCGGGACAUUAUAUAUACGUACGUGGGGAACGCCCUGGUGUCGGUGAACCCGUGCCGGCCGCUGCCGCUGUACUCGGCCGAGCUGGUGCGCGCGUACCUCGCGCGUCCGCCCUAUCAACUGCCGCCGCACUUAUAUGCCAUCACGGCCACCGCUUACCGCUGGGUUCGUGAUAGGAAUGAAAGUCAGUGCAUCGUUAUAACAGGCGAGAGCGGCGCCGGGAAGACGGAGGCGGCGCGCGUGUGCCUGCAGUGCGCGGUGCUGGCGGGGCCCGGCGCGGCCGGCGGCGGCGCGCCGGACGGCGGCGGCGCCGGCGCCGCGCUCGCCGCCGCCGGCACGCUGCUCGAGGCCUUCGGCAACGCUGCCACCGCGCGCAACCACAACGCCAGCCGAUUUGGAAAACUGUUAGACAUAGAAUUCGACUUCAAAGGCGACCCGGUCGGAGGACACAUCACACAUUACCUCCUGGAAAAGGAGCGCGUGUGCGGCGCGGCGGCCGGCGAGCGGAACUUCCACGUGCUGUACCAGCUGCUGGCCGGCGCGGACGUCUCGCUGCUCAAGCGGCUGAAGCUGCAGCGGUCGUGGGAGCAGUACCGCAUCCUGCGCGGCGGCGGCGGCGGCGGCGGCGCGGAGCCGCCGGCCUCGUCGCCGCGCCGCCCGCCGCCCGCGCCGCCCGCGCCGCCGCCGCCCGGCCCGCGCGCCCCGCACGCCGACACCGACCACUUCGCCUUCACCAAGGCGGCGAUGGCGACGCUGGGAUUCGGCGGCGGCGAGUGCGGCGCCGUGCUGCGCGUGCUCGCGUUCGUGCUCAAGCUGGGCAACGUGCGCUUCGAGCCGCAGCACAACAUCGACGGCAGCAUCGGCGCGCGCCUGCACCAGCCCUACGAGCUGACGGAGGCGUGCGCGCUGGUGGGCGUGGAGGCGGCCGCGCUGGCGGCCGCGCUGCAAGCCGCGCCGCCCUCGCCGGCCCGCGCAGAAUCGGAGGGCGUCCCCGAGCACGAGUACGAGUGGGAGGAGGCGGAGGCGGGCGCGCGGGCGGCGGCGGAGGGCGAGGCGGAAGCGGAGGCGGAGGCGGAGGCGGAGAGCUGCGCGGAGUGGGCGGCGGCGCUGCGCGACCGGCUGCUGUGCGCGCUGUACUCACGGCUGUUCACGUGGCUCAUCACCGCCGUCAACGACGCCAUUAAGCCGGCCGAGGCGGGCAAGCGAUGCACGCUGGGCAUCCUGGACGUGUACGGGUUCGAGUCGCUGGCGUACAACGGGCUCGAGCGGCUGCUCGUGAACUACGCGGCGGAGCGCGUGCAGGCGGCCGUGACCGGCGCCACGCUGCGCCGCGAGCAGGAGGAGUACGCGCGCGAGGGGCUCGCGUGGCAGCCGCUGCCCUACCACGACCACGAGCUGCACGCCGACCUGCUGGACGCGGGCCCGGACAGCGUGCUGGGCGUGCUGCGCGACUGCACGGUGCGGCGCGCCAGCGACGCCGCCUUCCUGCAGCGGCUGCAGCGCCGCCGCCACCCGCGCCUGCACGUCGUGCCGCCCGACCACUUCCAGAUCGUGCACUUCGGCGGGCCGGUGACGUACAGCGCGCGCGGCAUCGUGCAGCGCAACCGCGACGCCGUGUGCCGGCGCUGCGCGGCGGCGCUGGGCGCGGCGCGCGAGCCGCUGCUGGCGGCGCUGUUCGCGCCGGCCGCGCCGCCCGCGCCGGCCGCCGGCUCGCCGCGCCGGCCCGCCGCGCUCGCGUGCCGGCAGCGCGCGCUCGUGGCCGCGCUCGUGCGCCGCCUGCCGGCCGCGCCGCGCCUCGUGCGCUGCCUGCGGCCCGACCCGCUGCUGCGCCCGCAGCGCUUCGACGCGCCGCUGCUGCGCCACCAGCUGCGCUCGCAGGGCAUCAUGGACAUGGCGCUGCUGCGCCGCGCCGGCUGGUGCGAGAGCAUGUGCGCGCGCGCGCUGCUGGCGCGCUACGGGCUGCUGGCCGGGCCCGGCGCGCCGCGCGGCCACGACGACCCCGUGCGGGCGGCGCGCGCGCUGCUGCGCUCGCUGCCCAUCCCCAGCGCCGAGUUCGCGUACGGGCGCACCAAGGUGUUCAUUCGCAGCCCCCGGACGGUGUGGGAGCUGGAGGCGCUGCGCGCGGCGCGCGUGGCGCGGCUGGCGGCGGCGCUGCAGCGCGCGUGGCGGCGCCACGCCGCGCGCCGCCGCCUGCGCGCGCAGCGCGUGCUCGCCCGCGCCUGGCGCGCCUACCGGGCUACGCGGGAGUUGCCCGAGCGACAAGCGCUGCAGCGUCAGUUGCAGGUGGGUGAGGCGUCACUGUACCCGUUAGCGGCGGAGGCGGGGGAUGUGAGCGUGCUACAUGGGCGCGACUGUGCGCAGGCGCGGCGACGCGUGGCGGCGCUGGGCCGCGCCGGCGCGGCGGCGUGGGCGGGCGGCGUGGUGUGGCGCGCGUGGUGCACGGCGGCGCGGCGCCGCUACCUGCGCGGGCUGGCGCGCCGCCUGCCGCCGCGCCACGCGUCGCCCGCCUGCGCCGCCUGGCCGCCGUGCCCGCUGCCGCGCCUGCUCGGCCGCGCCGACGCGCUGCUGCGCCGCCUGCACCACCGCUGGCGCUGCCGCCUGUACCGCGCCGCGUUCGACCAGACCGCGCGCAACCGCAUGCGCGAGAAGGUGACCGCGAGCGUGCUGUUCAAGGACCGCAAGCUGACGUACGCGCGCAGCGUGGCGCACCCGUUCGUGGGCGACUACGUGCGGCUGCGCGCGUCGGCGGCGUGGCGGCGCGGGCUGGGCGCGGCCGGCGACCGCUACGUGGUGUUCGCGGACGUGGUGGGCAAGGUGGCGCGGUCGAGCGGGCGCGUGGCGCGCUGCCUGGCCGUGCUGUCGACGGGCGCGCUGCUGCUGCUGGACGCGCGCUCGCUGCGCCUCAAGCGCCGCGUGCCCGCGCACGCCGUGUACCGCCUGUCGCUGUCGCCGCACGCCGACGACGUGCUGGUGGUGCACGUGCGCGCGUGCGGCGCGCCGGACAGCUCGGCGGAGGAGCUGUCGCAGUGCUCGUCGCGCGACGCGCCCGACGCGCCCGGCUGCCUGUUCGGCGGCGAGGGCGCGCGGCGGCGGCGCGGCGACCUCAUGCUGCGCACCUGCCACGUGCUGGAGCUCGCCACCAAGCUCUUCCUGGUCGUGCAGAACGCGGUCGGCGCGCCGCCGCACGUCAACAUCGCUACCGAGUUCGAGGCUAACUUCGGGCAGCAGACAGUUACGGUGUCGUUCCACGUGCUGAGCGGCGGCGGCGAGGGCGCCGGGCUGGCGGCCGAGCCCGCGCUGGCGGCCAGCGGCGGCGCUCGCCUGCUGCGGCGCGGCAGCCGCAUGGACGUGCUGCUGUGAGGGCCGCGCCGUGUCGUUAUAAAUUUCCCGUUGUUACUGUUACAAGUGGCCCCCUGCCCCAGAAAUGAGCGAGCCACCAUGCAGAUAUUAUUUCGCCGGGAGAUCUGAACGAAGAAGAUGGACCUGAGAGUGUUCCCGCGGAAGCUUACAAAAGUAUGGCCAUUUUUUAUAAUUUAUAAAGUGAUGUUAACUGAACUGAUAACAAAUUAAAAUGGCAAUCGCGCAGAAGGUUCCAAUGGCAUGAAAGUUCCAACACUUCCAAAACCAAAUAUGUAAUAAAAUUAAUAAAAAAAUUAAUGGUACAUUGUAUUGUGCACCCUGCGCGUUCACUAGCAGAGUAGCACUUUUAAAUGAUCAAUCAGAAAAUUAAAAAAUAACGGACAUUUUUGACGUUGCUGCGUUUUGGUAAACGCUCUUAACAUUAGUCUAAUUUUAGUAUCACUCGGGGAAGUUUUCGUUCAGCUCUCCCCUCGCAUUGUAACAUGUAAGUUGUGCGUCAUGUCCCGGAUCAUAAUGUAAUAAUUGUAAGGUUCGCUCGCGUCUCUGGUCCGAUCGUACUCGUAGUUAGAUAUAAAUUGGCAGCGCGUUUGUUCGCCGCCGAGUGAGUGACACGUGACAUCACACCGCCGUGUUCUUAUCGAUACUGGGACAACCCCCAACCUAGGGUCUUAUGAUAGCUUGUAACUAAUAAGUAUAUAAGUGAUCGAUCGCUAUAGUACUAGUAACUAGGUAGAGGUAUAGUGGUUAGGGAUGGUGCCGCGUGGAAGGAGCGCGUGCCGCCUGCGGGCCGGCGUGAGCACGCGUCGCGUCCUACGCUAGCUUUACUCUUAGAUUUUAUAAGUAUCGUACGGGAGACGUCGCUAGUCUGUCGUAAACAUAAAGUGUUCGACAUAUAGAAAAAAUAUCAAACUUGGUAUGUCGUUCACGCGCAUCGUGUCCACAUUGCAUGGUUAAUAUCGCAGCGCCAUACUUUGUAUCCGCCAUCCCUCAGGUACGUUCCGUACGUAUCCGCAAUGACAGCGAGCGAGCGGGCAAACUUCACUGUGCUGUAAGGCGGGUGGCUGAUACUGCCCAGUGACGUCACUCUUCGCACAGUUCCGCGUACGUGCCGCUACUACGCGAUCACUAUUUCGAAUCUAUAAAUGAUAUUUCACGUUCCUGCUUUUUUUCUUUGUAUUUGUUCUUAUGUAAUUGCAAUGUACUAGCUACCUAACAGUAAACAUUCGGCAUGAAACGAUUAAUAUUUACCUGGGGAAUACCGCUGACGGUAUCUCUAUGUAUAUUUAAAAAAAUAAAGCCGGGCGUUCCGUACAUAGAUAUGAGAUAAAAUAAUCUUAUAUACAUAUACUCGUAGGUGUUUAUGUUUUUACAUUAAAUAGACACAGUAGUUAAUGAAUUAUUAUUAUUAUUAUUCACAUUUCUUAUUUUGGGUUACAAUUGUGAUAAUUUCUCAAAAACUAAUAAUUAGAGACGUCAUUUUUUUUAGUAAUAUUCACAUACUACUUUUAUAAAUUGUAAUUAUUUCUGAUCUUUCUCACAUUUUCGAUCAUACAUAAAAAUUCCACGAUAUAAAAACGAUUUUAGAAUGUACAAAUAAAACUUUCUCCCUUGCUUGCGACUAGAAGCAUAAUUUUAAAAUUUUGUGCACCUCUUUUGGACCGUCAAGCAAGCGAAAUAAAAAUACUUAUUUCUUUUGCAAUACGUGUGGGCCAACGAUAUCCAGCAUUGUUCCAAUUUCAAAUAUAGCAUUGUGACAGACAGACGGACGGACGGAUGGAAAAAGUAGCACCAUAAGGAUUCCUUUAUACCUUUCUGAUAAUGGAACCCAAAAACCGCACAAUGCUGAGUUAUUGCUAUUCCAACAUUUUGGUAAUCAAAGUUGAACGACAUUAUUUGAUUAUCCAGCCGAUGUCUUGGUACAGAGGUGCCUGCAUUAUGUACUUCGCCUAACUAUUUGUUGACUUCUUGAAGCACUUGCCUUACUUCUGAUUGUGGUAGCUGUAUUGCGAGUAAGUAAUGUAUUUUAUAUAAUCAUAUUUGUAAGUACGGACACUGCGGAUGGAGAUGUUUCGAGUCGAGUAGAUGAGUAUACAUAAAGCCCAGCAGCACUGCAUACAUUUGCUACAUAAAGCGGUAUUCGCACCACAUUACUAUGCCGACUGUGUCUGUGUGUGUGUAUACAGUGAACUGAACGUUCACAUGGUAUGUAGCGAGUGAUCCUGCACCGGGGCUAACAUGCAAACGGAAUGGCAUUCGGGUACGAUGCAGCUUCUGGAAUGUUCCUUAUUGUCCUUAGAAGUUUAGGUGCUCGCCGGCCAAUACAGACGAUGGACAAUAAUCGGCUCAAAUAGAAAAUAAAACACGGUCAUUAUCUAAAUGUAUCGGCAUAUAGCGUCGUACCUACGCAUGUACUUGAAAGUCUGUUAAAAAUAAAUUAAUUACACAAUAUAAAUAUAAUAGAAAAUAAUUGAUAAAGUAGAUACUUCCUCGCACGGCGAUGAAACUACGCGGUCUCCUCUCUCGGCACAAAUCGAGUAGAGUUCGUCAUCACUGCCGUGUACGAUUACUUGCAAAUCUUAGUGACAAGCUGAUGAUAAUAAUAAUCAUAUUGAUAAGUGCGCAUCGGAAUCGCCAAAUCUACAAAGUGCCAAAGCUCGUCGCGUGCAGUAGCGACUGCAGUGAUGUGACGUGUACGUGCCAACUACUUACUGUGUACAUUAGAUAUCCUCGAUUAUGAUAGAUUGUAAAUAGGCGCGCGGGGCGAGCUCGUUGCCCGGGCUAGUGGGACGCGGGGCGAGCUCGCCGCCCGGGCCAGUGGGAUGCAGAGCGAGCUCGCCACCCGGCACAAUGGGACGCGGGGCGAGCUCGCCGCCCGGGCCAGUGGGUCGCGGGGCGAACUCGCCGCCCAGGCCUAUGAGACGCGGGGCGAGCUCGCCGCCCGGGCCAGUGAGUCGCGGGGCGAGCUCGCCGCCCGGGCCAGUGAGUCGCGGGGCGAGCUCGCCGCCCGGGCCAGUGAGUCGCGGGGCGAGCUCGCCGCCCGGGCCAGUGAGUCGCGGGGCGAGCUCGCCGCCCGGGCCAGUGGGACGCGGGGCGAGCUCGCCGCGCCGCCCCUCACAGAGGCUCUGUUUGCUGUUACACUCACUGUUUGUUAUCAGUGCGCCGCCUGCGCCUCGGCUGUCGUGUCACGUCAUGCCACAUAUCGUAUCAGUUGAGGUCCUUGUGCCGUGUAUCGUAAUGUGCCUUUGGAUCGUGUUGCGGCUGUCAUGGAACUCGAUGAGAUGUUUUACUCACGGCGGCUUCAUGUUUUUAUUUUUAUGAUACUUAAAAUGGCAAACGAAAUAGCGGGCCACCUGAUGGAAAAUAGCAACCGUCCCUAUAGACAUGAACAGCAUGGGGGCAUCAUGGUUAUAGUCCUUGCCAUGCAUUUAUGCGUUGCCAUUUUCGAGGACUGUGGUGUUAAGCUUCCAUACUCUGUAAUUUGUUAAACCCAUCAUUUUAAACAAUCGACAAAGUUGGGCCUUAACAUACACCGACAUGCCUACAUGAACAUACACCAACUACGGUAAUGCUGUAGAUAUAUUGUUAUUACACUUUAUUAUUAAAUUUUGAAAAAUUAAAUUUCUUAUCAAUGUUCCGAAUAAAGGCCUAAUUAUUAUUAUUCUAUUAAUAAGUAUUUUGAAAAGGCUAAACUAGUUUGGUUCAUUUUGAACAAAUUCUUAUUUUAAAUAAACAGGUUCUAUUUUGUGUUAAAAAAAAAUUCAGAAACCUAUUAUAGAUACCUUUAUUGUUGUUAUCGAUAUCAGCCCUGAUACGUCUAUGAACAUGUUUCACUAUUUUCCUUAUAGUUUCGGAUGUGGCCCCAUCACGCACACGCGAGAAUACUUACUACCUGUACUUGUAAGCAAUUCCUAGGAUGAAUAAGAUUUACUUUAAACUUGUUCCACGUUCGUGUAUUAGAACACGACUAGAGUUAGAAUGCGCGCGAGAGCCGUUCAAGAAUAGCUAUUAUAUUAUUAUCGGAUGUAAGAGAAUGUUUCAUAGUGCAAGCUCAGCAUUCACGUUCGGCCGACAGGCGAGCUACGAGGGACAUGCUCAAUAUCCCAUUUCUGUUGAACAAAGAGUUACGUUAACUAUAAGUAAAUUAUGGGAAAUGUUUUAUUGUUUUUAAUAAAAGCUAAAAAAAAGUAAAUGAUUUUUAUUU